AGCACAACUGUGAGCCAACUACAGCUUUAGACUGAUAGGUUGCAGCUUGAGGUAAUGAAACUUCACCUGUUUAGAUGUUUGGUGGUUCCCUCUCAGCUAAGCAAGAGAACACUUAAUUAGCAUGAAAUCAGCUUUGAGUCACAAGAAGCCUGCAAAAAAGAGGUAAUAAGAAUAAGGACAAAAUAAAGAACAAGCAAAGGUUAGAUACCGUAAACGGUGUCAUUUUAGGAAGGAUGGCGUGUGGGAAGAAACCAGUGUCACUGGUCAUUAAAGAAAACAUUGAAAUGAAAGUGUUUUCUUCCAAGGAGCCCUGUAAGGUCUUGAUAACACAGGAGGAAGAGGAGGAACACAGCGUUCACCAGCGAUACAGGGCGAGUCCUCUGUUCUCCGACUCCGAGGAAGCCCCUGAGCAGCAGGUCCAAACUCAACCCAGACACCAGGCUGAAACAGAUUCCCCAGACCAGGAAGAACCUCACUGCUCUGCUGUGGUCUGCAAACAAGAAGUAGAGAUAGAGCUGGAGGUGAUUCCUUCUAUCAGAAAGUCAAAGAGUCAUCCAGCAAUGCCAUAUUCUAACAAAGCUGGUCAUCUCAAAUGGAAGAGACUGAUUCCUCAGAAGAAAAGACUGGUGGUUAAAGACGUGGUCUGUUUACCCAGAGGACACUCUAUGUCACAGCUGGACAGACAAAUAGUUCCAAAGAAUAAAGACCAAGCAGCUCUGGAAGCCAUGGUGAUGACUGCUCGCAUCACCAUUGACCACAGCUGGUCAGCCACUCAGGUGAAGGGUCGACUGGCGAUGCUCUUUCAGGGGCACUUUGUAAAACAGGCAGGACAAAAGUUUUCAUUUACAUAUCUGCAGUGUGUGCAGAGCUCCAGAGUGCUGUUUGUCCCUGACACACCUUCAGAGGGCUGGACUGGAGAGCAGGUCCUCAGGAUCUCUGAACAUGGUGCUUUAUAUAUCCUGAGCCACCACGACUACUCAGAGACAGAAUCUGAAGGGUCAGCAAGUGAGACACUUGUGGUAAAAAGCACAGACAGCUGCCAAGAUGGUAAAAGUGAGCUAAUAAUCAAGCCUAGCAUCUGCAGGGAUACAAAGAAGUCCACUGUUGACCUGGACACCAUCCUGAGAGCGUUCAGACAGGAGAACGUAGAUCCAGGAUUGAAAACUCACAUCCAGGUGAGGCGGACAGAUCUACUCCACGGCGCUCUGGAGGUGGUGAGGAGGCCCGACUUCUGCUUCAGGGCGACGCCUGUUAUCUCCUUCAGUGGAGAAGAGCCCGACGGCCACGAGGCCCCUGUCAGGGAGUUUUUCAGGCUGAUGCUGCUGGAGCUGCAGCACAGCUGUGUGUUUGAGGGUCUUCCAGGAAGUCUGUUCAUGACCUGCAACUUCACAGCUCUUGAGGAGAGGAAGUACUAUGAAGCUGGGGUUCUCAUUGGCUGGUCGCUGGCUCAGGGUGGGCCUGGACUUUGUUGCCUUCACCCUGCAUUGUAUCAGGUGAUGUGUUGCCACAGUAUAACAUUAGAAGACUUCAACUGGCGGGACAUUAUUGAUACCAAAGUCCAAAUCCAACUGAAAGAGCUACAUAGUUGUACUGAUGUAAAGCUGCUGUCUCCCAGUCUGUGCGACUGGGUGUCACGCUGUGGGAUCCCUGAGAUCUGUUCAGCCAACUCUGAUGAAAUGCCAGCCAUUUAUAGUCGCCUGGUAAAACACUACAUCUACGACAGGGUGACUAAAAUGAUCUGCCAGUUUACUGAGGGGCUGAAUAGCUGUGGUGGGCUGUGGGACAUGGUUCAGUCCCACUGGGAAAUUUUUGCCCCAGUUAUGACGAGUGCACCGCAGCAGCCUCUGAGUCUGGAAGAGUUCAAGCAGCUUUUUACCAUCAGCUUUAGCACUUCAGAUGCCCAACUGAGGGCAGAUGAGGAGGCCACAGCUGGACACUGGGAAACAAUCCUCACUUUAGUGCGUGACGGCAAGGCAGAGUUUUCCUUUGAAGACCUCCUCACCUUCAUCACAGGAGCUGACCGUUUGCCUCCUCUUGGCUUCCCCAGAUUCAUCUCUCUGUGUUUUUACUCUCAGGAUGCCAGCAUGCAAGAUUUGCGCCUGCCUCAUGCCGCCUCCUCUUCUCUGGAGCUCUACCUGCCAAGGGGAGUGGCUGGGGCUGUGGACCUGCUGGCCCUGUUAAACAGAGCUGUGCACAAGGUGCUGCGAGACGGAAAGGACAACUGAAGAGAAGUGAUGAUGAGAUUAUGAAGAGAAUUCCCUCUCACUGGAGAUUAAACGUUUCUGUGUGAUGUUAACAACAUGACUAAAAGGACGCAAUUUGCUCUGUGUGCACUUUGGUGCUGGUGACACGAUGCUGUAGAUUAGACCAGUGUUUGUAUUUUGUAAAGACCUCAGUCUGAUGGUUUUAAACCGUGUAGUGUUUAUAAUAGAACCUGUGCGCAUUUUUUGAUAAGUAGAAUCAUGUAUUUUAAAAGAACGGGAAGGAAUGGUACUCAACACACAAGGUCUUAGAUGUUUUUGGCAGGGCCAAGUCAGAGUUGAUGGAUCCAUGUUGAGUUUAUUUGUUGAUGCAGAUAAGGUGUGUGUUUUCUUUCAUUAAUUAUUAAAAUGGCACUUACGAAGAGCACAUUUAACAUUGAA